AUCUUGAACUGGUUAUGUUUGUAAAUUGAUAUAUUUUUCGUUUUACUUCCUCCUUCCUUAAGGCUCGUGAUAUUUACCUUAGCAGUAAAGCGUUAUUUAAUUUGAUCAAUCAAGUGUGGUUUGUUUAAAUUAGUAUUGUAAUUUUACGGUUGAUAAAAAUCAAAGUGCUAACAAGAAAUCAGUUAUAACACAAAAGAUCUUUAUGAAGCAUUAUACAUGUUUUUAGGCAAUACGUCAUAUAUUGUUUAAUAUAAGCUGAAGGCUUACAAUUGAUCACGAAAACAAGACAUUCUUAGAGGUGAGAUUAAUACUUCAGACAUAGAGAAGCAAAAGUCUUGAUUGAAUUUCGUUGAAGAAUCCGAUAUUAUGGCAAUGCAAGGAAACGAAAUCUACCACAUCAAGACGGAAGCACUUCGUUGUGGAGAUUGUCGUGUCGAGUUAAAGAACACUUUAAAACAGAUACCUAAAUUUCUAAAAUGCCUCCAUGCUUUUUGUGGCAAAUGCAUAUUAAAGAUGAUGAAUGGUAGCCUUGUUUGCCCAGUGUGUAAACUGUUAGCAGAUGUUUCCGGGGAUACUACGAUCGAUGAUCUUGCAGAUAUCAGCUUUCUUAAGAACAUUGAGCAAUUUGAUCGAAUCAUGGAUCAAUUAGGUCAAGAUUUUGGGUCCAAACAUGUACACCCAGAAUGUCAGAACUGUUCAGAUGGAAAUGCGGCUACAUACUGGUGCGCAGAUCUUGAUGGGCCUUUAUUGUUUUGUAAUGAAUGUGUUUCUAUUGACAACAAGUUCCAGACAAGCGGACAAAAGGAUUUCAGAUCAUUGCGGAAUACAAGACCUGACGACAUUCUAACAUGUGUACGUCUGUCGAGUGAUGGUAGAUGUCUGGAACAUGAUGAGGACCUUGAAUUCUUUUGUGAGGAGUGUGCGACGCCUAUUUGUCAUAUCUGUGAUCAUGAUGGUCACCCGAUGAUGUCCAUUAGGGAGCAAGCUAAUACAAUUCGUGGUAAAAUUGAUGAUAAAGUUAAAGAUUCUGAAAAGACCAUCGAGAUUUUGCAAAGAAGAUUAAGAUACGUUGAAAAUGAGAAAGAACUUCUAAAACAAUCGUCCCAUCUCACUGCUCAACACGUGAAUUUAUUCUUUGAUAAACUCAAGGAAAGUAUCGAAAAACGUCGGAAACAUCUACUCAAUACAGUGUCCAAUACUGGUAGUAAGACACUAAAGAUCUUAAAAGAGGAUACAGAACACACUCAGUCUGAACUAAAUGACGUCACACGGUUCACAGAAUUCCUGUCAGCAGCUAGGAAUUUCAGCAAUGAUUGUGACCUGAUGCUCAUGAAUGAGUCUCUGAAAACGAGGUCAGGCGAUCAUAUUUCUAAAAGAGUGAGCGAUGAACCCGAUGCAAAUGGUUUAAUUUCCUUUGGGCUGGGAGAAUUCACAGAUAUAGAAUUACCAUUACUCCAGUCCAGCCAUUUUGAAGUUAUGUUGAAAAAGGUGCCAAUGUCAAUAGCAAAGCUUGGCGAGAUAAAUGGAACGGCAACUGUCGCUUCAGAAACCAAGUUCAGAAUUCGAGAAAACGCGACCGGGAUAGAAAUAGUAAUAGAGGCAUACACGAAGAACCAGCAGCCUUGUACUACGGGCGGGGAUUCUUUUACUAUUGAAAUUAAAGACCCGAAUGGCACUAUUCACAAACCACUGUUAGAAGAUGAUAACACUGGUACAUACAGUACAAAUUUCACACCAAAAUUAGUAGGAAAGCAUCAGGUUAGUAUUACAUUUCAUGGAAGACCAAUUUCUCGUUCGCCGUACACAUUUGAAAUGGAAGAAUCGCCUAAACCUCAACGAAAACCAUACGAUAGCAAAUACAUUAACGUGAGUAAUCUCUGGGAUGUCAAGGAAUUUCCAGACAGAGAUCCUCCGCCGCCUCCGGUUCCAAGCUCACCUCGGCCCACCAGUGCUGACUAUAUGAUCAUGAAGAGUUUCAAGGCACCCCCUGUCGUUCUUAAAUCUUACACUAGUACAGGAAGAAAUGAUCUAUUUCGUCAGCGAUCAGCGACCACCACAUCACUUAUGACUAAAAACGAACAAAAGGAGUGUGCUGCCGAUGAUUAUUUAGACAUACACUCCUACCAUGGAACGCGUAGAGAGAGUAGACGUGGGUCGUACAUAUAUCAGACAAUUGAUAGCCUUGGGUUAGAUGUGAAGGAAGAAGGCGAAAAUGCAGGAAAGAAACUAGAAGCAUUGCAUGAAAAGUUCAUAUCGUCCACGAAACGAAAGAGAAAGAUAAGUUUGAUGAAAUGGAGAAAAUCCCAAACUGAUUAGUAAAUUAUAUCGACUGGUUUUAUUAUAACGUGUAGUUUAUUUAUUUCCUAUCCUCUUGAUGUAGCUCUGCUACACUCAUUUUCAUUAUACUUUUUCAUUAAUAUUGAUUCAGUUUGACUAUUUUAUUUAUUUACCUUGCCAUUGACUUUAUACUUUAAUUAUAUUACAUAUUUUAUACUUGCGUCCAUUGUGGCCUAAAAUGUUAUGCUAUGUUUCUCUAUUUCCGGUUUUUAUUUUGAAUUUUGGUCAAUAUACUAUAGUCUGUUUAUUAUACUGUCGGCAUAAUGGGAACGACUAUUAAUCUCCGUUCUCAUUACAAACUGUUUAUUACAAUAAUUGUAUACCCGAUUGUAAUUACUCUCAUUAUAAUCCGCAUUGCUUAUUCUUUAACUCCUCCCACUACAGUGGUUAUGUACGUGUCCACUUUUUGCUAGUUUUUUGAUGUACCUUGAUAAAGACCUGAGGAUAGGUCGAAAUAUUGGUUUUCUCCAAUAAAGUGUUUCUGAAGUCUAUA